CACCCACAGCACAGUAUGACACUUCAAUGUUAGAGUCUAGACUAACCACAACACAGUAUAACACGUCAAUGUUAGAAUCUAGGCUAACCACAACACAGUAUAACACGUCAAUGUUAGAGCCUAAACUAACAACAAAACAGUAUGACACGUCAAUGUUAGAGCCUUGGACACCCACAGCACAGAAUGACACGUCGAUAUUAGAGCCUUGGACACCAACAAGACAGUAUAACACGUCAAUGUUAGAGGCUUAUACACCCACAACACAGUAUGACACGUCAAUGUUAGAGCAUUGGACACCCACAGCAUAGUUUAACAGGCCUUCAAUUGUUGUGUUACUGCUUAACCUCCAUGUCAGGACAGAUGUUCAAAAAGCAAACAAGCAUCAACAGGUUUAAUUUAUUCAUCAGGCAGAUGAAAUGGGUCAUAUCAGAUAGUGGAUUUAUGCAAUGAAUGAUCUCACACGAGCAGACCUUUUUCUGAGGGGAAAGUGCCGAGCACAGCUGUAAGGUGGAGUGGCGAACUGAUGAAUAUAAACAUGUAUCAAGGCGCUCUGUCCAGAUGUUAUUCACUGACAAGAACAUGGGUCCCUAUAUCCACAAACAGGAACCGAUCAGUGGAGUGUUGCAUGAGGCAGUACAGAGGUCUGAGCAGUGGGACACUUGACAGGAGAACAUACAGCACAGGUGUGUCGUCACUACCCCAGCAGGCGAGGGUGGUGGUGUGUGGCGGAGGCGUGGUGGGGGCCUCCGUCGUCUAUCACCUGGCAGAGCGGGGUGUGACGGACGUGGUGUUGCUGGAACAGGGAAGUCUGACAUGUGGAACAACGUGGCACUCUGUGGGAAUGAUCGGCUGUGUUCGGUCCAGUCUGACGGAAAUGAAGCUGAUGAACUACAGCAGGAAUCUGUACAGGAGGCUGGAGGAAGAGGGACACGGCCUGGGGUGGAAACAGUGUGGCAGUAUUUCCUUGGCUCGGACCAAAGACCGCAUGAUAGACCUCAGACGGAAACAAGCCAUCAGCAGAUAUGGUGGUGUGGAAUCCCACAUUGUGAGUCCGUCAGAGAUCGCCGACAUCAACCCUCUUGUACGCCAUGAUGACCUAGUGGUGAGAUCUACAUUGGGAGGCUUGUGGAUUCCAGAAGAUGGCGUCACAACCGCCCCAGAUGUUGCCAUGGUGCUGAGUAGACUGGCAAAACAGAAAGGAGUGAAGGUGAUGGAGGGUGUGCAACUUGACAAAAUUCUCACCAAAAACGACCGAGUCUAUGCUGUGGAAACUACCUUUGGUACAAUCAACUGUGAAUACUUCGUGAACUGUGGGGGACAGUGGGCUCAUGAGAUUGGCAAGAAGUCAUCCCCGGAAGUGAAGGUUCCCUUACACUCCUGUGAACACUUCUACAUUGUCACCAAGCCUAUUGAAGGUGUCCCCAGCAACAUGCCAGUUAUUCGAGACUUUGAUGGCUACACCACCUUCCGGGAAUGGAAUGGUGGUAUUAUGGUUGGGGGAUUCGAGCCGGUGGGCAAGCCAGUGUUCACGCAUGGUAUUCCAGAUAAGUUUGAGUUCCAAUCGCUGCCAGAAGAUUGGGACCACUUCCAGGUUCUAAUGGAUGAGAUCCUGUUCCGGAUGCCUUGCAUUGAGAAGGCGGAAGUGAGGCAGCUCUUUAACGGCCCGGAGAGUUUCACACCCGACUCCAACUGGAUCCUUGGAGAAUCGGCCGAGGUGGCAAACUACUUCGUGGCAGCAGGAAUGAACUCCCGGGGUAUUGUUGGAGCUGGCGCUAUUGGCAAGUACCUGACGGAAUGGAUCUUGGAUGGGGAGCCAAGCGUUGACAUGUGGGCACACGAUGUCCGACGCUUUGCUGGUCUCCAUAACAACAGGCGCUUCCUGCGAGAUCGAGUCAAGGAGGUCCUAGGUGCCCAGUUAAAACUCAACUACCCCCGACAGUCCGAGUUUAAGAUAGGUCGGCGACUGCGGACAUCCCCCCUCCACACGCGGCUGGAGGUGGCCGGGGGGUACUUCACGGAAACCAUGGCCUAUGAGAGAGCUGUGUGGUUUUCCAGACUCGGACAAGAUGAGGACAUUGACUCCGACACCAUCAGUCACCGAGGGACUUUUGGGAAGCCGACAUGGUUGGACAGCGUCCAGGAUGAGUACUGGGCGUGCAAGGAGAGGGUCUGUCUCAUCGACAUGUCCUCAUUCGCCAAGUUUGUCAUCAAGUCUGCAGGUGGAGAGGCAGUGGACGUCUUGCAGUAUCUGUGUUCCAACGACAUCGACCAGGACAUCGGCAACAUCGUCCACACUGGGAUGCAGAAUGAGCGAGGAGGCUUCGAGAACGACUGCAGUAUAGUCCGGGUGGAGGAAAACAGUUUCUUCAUGAUCUGCCCAUCUACACUACAGACCCGGGCGUUGACAUGGUUACGUCGCCACCUGCCACCAGAUGGCUCUGUGCAGGUGGAGGAUGUGACGUCAAUGUACUCCGGGAUCAACAUGAUUGGUCCUCACGCCCAGCAUCUCCUCGCCGAUGUGUCUGACACACCCACUGACAAAAACGAGUUCAAGGCGAUGACUAGUAAAGUUAUCGACGUCGGCUACGCCAGCGGCAUCAUCGCCAUGAGACUGACACAUUCUGGGGAGGAUGGAUUUAUACUCUACAUCCCAUCCGAUUUCGCCAUCCACACUUACGACACACUGAUGCAGUCUGGGAUUGAUUACGGAGUGAGGAAUGCAGGGUACUACGCCAUGCGACACCUACGCAUGGAGAAGUUCUUCGCGUACUGGGGCCUGGACCUGAAUGCUCUGACAACCCCCAUGGAGUGUGGCCGGGAGUUCCGUGUAAACCUUGAGAAAGGCGAUUUCAUUGGCCGAGAAGCCCUCAAGGAACAGAAGGAGAACGGCAUCAAGAAGAAGUUUGUACAGUUCCUGCUGGAAGACUUUGACGUGAACCGUGACCUGUGGCCGUGGGGUGGUGAGCCCGUGUACCGCAAUGGGGUGUUUGCAGGGGUCACCACCACCUGCGGAUACGGCUUCACGCUGGACCGGAUGGUGUGUCUCGGAUACGUCAGCGACUUUGACGACGGCGGCAAUCCCAAACUGAAGAAAAACAUAAACAAAUUUGUGAUGGAGAAAGACGCACACUAUCAGAUUGACAUUGGUGGGAAGCGGUUCUCUGCUAAGGCUGGUAUCUACACCCAUAAGUUGGCCAUGUCACAACGAUACUACAGGGAUGGGAUACCAGUCUAUAAAGUCAAGGACCUGGCUAAGGAUCCAAUCACAGACACUGAGAGAGAUAACAUCUCCAAGCUGGUUGAGAAUACUGUGGCCUCAGAAGACGAAAACAACCAUGACCUUCAUCGUCAUGUGAUGACCUGGUGCCCGGAAAAUGAUGUGGAGCCUCUGCAGAAGCGAGCUAAGGUGGAUGCAGCUGAUGAUACUAAGAAUGAUAUCCUGCGUCCAGUAGAGACAGCCUAUAUUGGAGACAUCACAGCCCUGGACCCUGACAUGGACCCCAAAGAAAUGGAUGCUAAAAUCACUCAGUGGAUGAAACCUAUCGUUAAUGAUAUUCACUCUCAUGUGGACUUGAGCCAGGCUGAAGAUUUAGAACUUGUUGACAUGUCUGAGCAUGAUGAUACAGAUAAUGAUGAACUGUGA